AUAAAAGUUUACAUUUCAAAAUCAGAAAUUAUGUGUGUCGGAAUAAUCGGAUCUGCUCUAUGCUGCUGCCUUAAGUUGGGGACAAAGGUGCUGUUCUGCAUCGCCUGCUCGGGAAUCGGGAUACUGAUCGUAGGCGGUCUGGUCAUAUACUUUGUCUUCUUCCACAACAAGUCGGGGAAGAAGACCACCACGGUGGAGGACGCGACGACAGUCACUGUAGCAGUCAGAGCAAUGGCUAAUCGGGUGUAUAACGAGCACUUGAAACAGCAUUUGUUUGGAAAUGAUAUGCCGGAUGAGAAAGCUGAAGAGGAUUUGGGGCCACUCCCCGAGUGACCCGACCAAACCGCUGAUGAAUACAAGUGUAUCCGCGACCUUCCACUCAUAUUCACAAAUGAAAUCUAUUCUACGUCUACGUCAAACAUCGUUCGAACUCCUCUCAAAUGUUGCCCCUUUGGAAACUGUUCCAAAAAGGCCUACGAUUGGGCAUCGUUGCGGUACUAUUUUUCAUUAUAUACGAUACUAUGGUGAUAAUAAUUUACUGCAUAAUACAGUUGCUAAAAGCGAAAGAUGAGAGCUUCUAGGACACCAGGUAUCCGUAUUGUAUCUGGUAGGAUGUGCCUAAAUUCUUCGUUAUUUUCGAUGUAAAAAUUCUUCUCUUGGAAUACUGUUCAAAUGAUGUUUAAACUAUGUAAUCCAUUGGAAAAGUAA